CACCCGCACUUCAGUGGCGCCGGUGUGAAUAAAUCUACUUGUGUGAAUGGUCAAUGGCUCAUGACGUCAUGAAAUAAUUGCGUCACGAGGAAGGAAACAAUGGGAAUCACGUCCGACGUGGUAACUGUGGGUGCGGUGCGUCGUGAAUGCAGGAUCGGCCAACGCGCGGCCCGUAUGGAAUGCAACAAACUGUACCGGAACCAGAAUUGUCAUGGCUGGAUUGAAGAAGCGUAAUUCAAGAAAAUGGGUAGUGAACGCAUCAAGUGCAUAUUCUUCAGCGAGUUUCACCCUAUUGCUGGUCCGAAGAUAACAUAUCAGGUGCCAGAUGACUACAUCAGCAAAGAGGAAUUCGAUACUGUCCAUGUUUAUAUCAUUACCAAACCAGAGCUACAGAACAGUAUCAUAACCAUAAAUGCCUUGGGGCACAAAAUAAUGGGCUACCCGGUGUGUAUUGAUAAUCCCAAAUAUGCAAGAAAUGCCUUGAUUUUCAACCUAUGUUUUGUAUUCGAUGCCACAUCCAAACCACAAAAAUAUGAACCGGUUGUAAAGAAAUUGGCUUCUUACCUAGUAUCUUUAGAGCGAGAAAAUGGUUUCCUGUCUGAUGAAAAAACCAAGGAGACACUUCCAUCUAAAUUAAAACAGAUUAUAACACAGCUAAACCAGUCGGGGACCUGUAGUGUGCCAGUCAAUGAUGCCAACCACAUCCAUCUCAAAGUUAUAAGGGACAGUAAAAUGCCACAAGAAGUGGAAAAACACAACGUUCCAAUCUUCAUGAUGGAUAAGAGCCUGAUUGUGGCCAGUGAUUGGGAUUUGACCACUCAGCAGAUUCUUCCAUUUAUAGAUGGUUUCAACCAUGUCGCCAGAAUAGCAGUAGAAGCCGACAUGGAUAUCAACAUUGUCAAACACUGUAUUAGGAAUUUAUUAUAUUUUGAUGUGGUUACCCUAAUAUCUGUUUUCCAGUAUUCCAACCAGUAUGCAGUCACGCCUGAUAUCCAGAGAUUGAUGGACGACAAAAGGUUACAGAAUGAAUGCAUCAAAUUUGUUGCAAGACCUGGUCGUAUUCUUCCUACUUUCCAUGAUGUGUUCAUGUUAUACUGUGGCCUGACACCAGGUACAACUGUCCGUGAUUUGUGUGCCCGAUAUAAUCCACAUUCAAUCAGAGUGGAUGAAAGGAAAUUAAUCCAGUUUGGGUUAAUGAAAGGCAUCGUCCGACGUUUGCAUAAAUAUCCCUUAAAAUUACCAAAUGAGAGUGGAGCAAGUCGACAUAAACAUCUCUAUCGUUGGUUCACUGGACGCCACUCCAUGGAUGAAAUAUGCUGCGAAACUGGUUUGAGCCAUCAAGAACUCGAUGAUCGAAUAGAAAGUGAUCCGAAUAUUGUGGUCUGUCUGAAGUGACCUGUGGUAAUGAACCGCUCAAGGCUUUUAAUGGAAAAAAGUGGACUAGUCGGAAUAAAUUCGUUAGUACAAAACUGAGAGAAAUUCACCUUGGCUAAUUUUUUGCCAUUAUUUGUCUGUCUCAUCAUCUGGUCUUGGAAAUGGAGCUCAUAAUUGCCACAGCCAAAUCGUAGUUGAAAAUAUCUGCCAAGGUCAAUGUCCCUCAGUUGUGCAAAAAGUGCAGUGAAAUCUUUCGGGAUAAUAAAAUCAUUAACACUGUAAGGAACUACAUGUAUGGACAACGGCUGACAGAAUGGAAUAUAAUCAAAAUUGUACAAUUCUCUGAACUAUUCUGGAUUGUGUGUACUGUUAUUGCACAGAGGGAUACCAAUCAGAAGUGUUCACUUGUGUGAUACUUGUAUCUCACUGUGAAUUGUUGAUAAUAUGGUGCUUGUUGUUGAACAAGUGAAAGGCCGUCUGCUCUCAUGUGAUAACAUGACAUUGUGGGACACUUAGAAUGGAACCUUUCACUUAAGAUACUUGUAAGAUUAUCUGUGCUAUUGUUAACAGACAUAAAACUUAAAGUUUCUCGAUGUUAUUACAUGUAUCUAUCUAUCAUCAAAGAAAUAGCAGUAAAGUAUCGCAUUUGAGGGAAAUGGCCAAAUCUACCUUUUGACCACUUGAAGGGAUCAUUACGAGCAUGCUGAUAAAAAUAAUUUAUAUUUUGUUGAAAAAUGUUGAAAAUGUUCAGUUCUGUUCUGAGUGGCGUGUGA